AUGAACAGGUGGUCAGUACUAACGAGGACACCUCUCUUGAGGCUAAGCAUACCCCGAACAAGAGCCACUGUAUCAUUACUCAGCGUGGCCCAACUUCGUUUCAACAGUUCUUCAUCAUCUCCAUUUGGUAAAUUAACCACUAAUCCUAUUGAAGAGAUGGACAAGGCAAAGGAACAAGAUGCAGGUAAAAAAACAGCUAGUGAAAUAGCUAGAAACGAAGAUGGUGAGGUUGAUAUCAGCUCAAUAACUCCCCAAAACGAUGAACAAUUGAUUGAGUAUUAUAAACAACAACAACAAUCACAACAAAAGAAGCACAAACAACAGCCUAAAUUGGAAGAUUUAGUUCAUCCUUUAAAAAUUCAAUUAUUUAAUCAAUCAGUAUCUGAUCACGGAUUUUUCAAAAAUGAUCAAAUUGUUACUCAUGAGGGCAAAUCGUACAAGUUUCAUUUAACUCCCCAAGAAAUUGAAAUUCUUGAACCAUCGAUCUAUCUUUCGUCAUAUCGGAUAAAAUCAUCAAUGAAAAAAGCAACGGUGGUGAAUCGUUUUGUACGUGGGUACGAUUUAAAAACUGCCAUUAAUCAAUUACAUUUCAACCCAAAAAAGAUGGCUACUGAAUUGGAAAAGUUGCUAAAGAGAGGUUUGGCUACACUGCAAGAAUUGGGGUAUGAUGAAGAUUCAAUGUAUAUUGCCCGGUUAUGGACAGGUAGUGAUGGUGAAUGGAGGAAAAGAUUGGAUAUUAAAGGAAGAGGAAGACAUGGUGUUAUCCAUCAUCGGUAUAUUCAUUUGAAAUGUGUUUUGAAAACAGGUCAAACUAAACAACGAUUGGCGUGGGAAAAGCAACAAGCUGAGGCAAAGAGUAAACCAAAAAUGUAUUUGAAUAAUGAACCAUUGAAUAUUAAAGUGAGACCAUGGUACAAGUGGUGA